UGUACCAACUAGAAGCCUUCUCAAAGGCGGGAACAACGUCCGUCAUUCCCUCCAUCUCUCUCUCUCUCUCUCUCUCUCUCUCUCUCUCUCUCUCUCUCAGAUCACGUUUUUCCUACGAAGCCCUUUGCUGAAAUCCCCAAUUUCUCUCAAAACCCUAGCAACCAUUGCAGAAAUUAACCCCCUCUCUCUCUCUUGCGUGGCUUUAUUCUUGCGUUUCCAAUGGAGAAACCAGUCGAGGAAGUUGCCGUCGUCGAUGCCGACGGCGAAGGGGCAAAUCUCCAGCAUUCUGAGAAAAGACCUGUUCGUCAUCGACUGAUUCAGUCAACACUGUUCGGGCACCGGCCUCAACCUAACAAAGUGGAAGAGGAGGAGAUACAAGCAGUAGAAGUGGAAGAUGAUGAAGAGGGAGAUGAAGGCGAGGAAUACUGUGGGAGGUCGAGAAAGGGUAAGAGUAAGAGGAAGAGGAACGCAACGGGUCAACAGAGAGCUGCUAAUAAGGCUCCUGUUACGGGCAAAGAAUCUUUGAGCCAGAGGACAGGAAAUAGACAAUCCCUUCAUACUUCCGGAUCUGAUUUCUUCCUGAAAGCUUCAGAGAGGAGACUUAAGCAGAGACAACAAAAAGAGCAAGACGAAAAUGAUUUUCUAGAAGGAGGCAAUUUGAGUAAGAGAAGCCCUAGGCAGUUGAAGAAGCAGCAGCAGCAGAGGAAUAGCAUACCCUGUGAAGGCCUAUCACCUGGUCACUCGAGGGGACAGCUACCAAUAAAUCACAAGUCUGAUGGUGCAGAGGAUAGAGAUAUACAGAGUCCACAUACACCACAACCAGUAAUUGAUCUGCGAUUGGAGGCAAAAAUAACAGCCGAGGAAAAUGCACGGUUAUUUUCUGGAAAGCAAAUACAUCCAUUUUUCUCAUCAUGGAAAGCAGGUAAAAAAUUUCAGGAAAAUGUGGAUACAUCAGUUGUGGAGAGUAAGGGGUGUUGCAUUCUGCAAAAUGAUGAAAGCAUUACUUGUGGUCCUAUUCAUGUGUUUGACAUGCUUCAGGAUGAUCAAGUUUUACUUGAUUGGAAAAAUUGGACAUUUUGUGAGCCCUGUAGCAGUUGUUCUCCUGAACAUGAAUGCUCAUCGGUGUUUGAAGGCUCUAUCAAGCCAUUAAAGUUUGAUAAUUUUCUUCCUAUUUCGGAUUAUGGUGGAACAUCAUUUCUUCAGAAUGAGCUACAAUUGGAUAAAUCUAUUAAUCAAGAAAAAAAUAUGCCUGCGAUGUCAGUGACAAUUUCUAUAUCUGUUAAUGGGAAAGUGGCACAUUAUGAACUGUCAAAGUACUUGGAAGUGGUAUACUUGUUGGCUUAUGGAAAGGAUGAUAUUGGGUUCUCCACUGCAAAUAAUGGUUGUCUCAGUAACUCGGAUAUGGAACUGCAGAACAAGUCCCUCCAGGGGAGGAUGGCAUCAUACUACCUGGAUUGUGGCAAACUGCCUGAUGGUAAUUUAUGGACAACUAAGUACCAGCCAAGAAAGGCUGCUGAGGUAUGUGGAAAUAGUGAAUCUGUAAAGUUUCUUAGUGAAUGGCUGCAUUUGUGGCAUGAAAGAGAUCUUCAAACCAAUAAAACUUCUACUAGUCAAGAUGAAUGUUCUAGUAAAGACAGUGAUCAUGGCUGGUUUGAAGAUGAUUCGGAUACUGAAUCCAUGGAAGAAGGCGAUGCUCUCAAAAAUGUUCUUUUAGUUCUGGGACCAGUUGGGUGUGGGAAAUCUGCUGCUAUCUAUGCCUGUGCUGAAGAACAAGGGUUUCAAGUAAUUGAGGUCAGUGCAUCUGAUUGGCGAAAUGGAGCUCUUAUGAAGGAAAAGUUCAAAGAGGCAGUAGAAUCCCAUAGAUUUAAAUGGUCAACAAAGAAUUCUAUGGGCUCAUUGAAGAAUCCUAUCUUGGGACUUUCCUCAGCUCCACUACAUAGCAGAGCAUCCCAAGAGCUUGACAGUGAGGUAAUUGAACUGAACUCAACAGAUGAGGAAGAAGCGGAGAAUACAAUGAUUGAGUCUGCAAAUAAUGCAAAUGGUUAUAAGGAGAAUGGGACUGCAUCUACUCAUGGUGGAAGAAAGACAUUGGUCCUUUUUGAGGAUGUAGAUAUCGUUUUUGAUGAAGAUCGUGGUUUUGUUUCUGCAAUACAACAAUUUGCUGAAAAAGCAAGGCGUCCAAUUAUACUAACAAGCAAUUGUGAGGAUCCUCUCCUGCCAGAUCAUUUGGAUAGACUAGAGGUGUCUUUUACAAUUCCAUCACCGAAGGAACUGUUUUCUCACAUAUACAUGGUUUGUACUGCAGAAAAAGCUGAUGUUCAACCACAACUAAUAGAGAGGUUUAUUGAAUGCUGCCAAGGUGAUAUUCGGAAAACCAUGCUGCUGCUCCAGUUCUGGUGCCAGGGAAAAAGACAUCAACAAGGCAAUAAAGUGCACUGUGCAUAUGGAGAACUGCCAUUUGAUCUUGAGGCUGGGCAUUGGAUUUUGCCAAAGAUAAUCCCUUGGCAAUUUUCUUCUCAAUUAUCAAAGCUAGUGGAGAAUGAGAUCACCAAGUCAUUGUCCAUGAUGAAGGAAAAUGAAGGCUUAAUGGAUGUGGAGGAAGAAGCACUCAAGGAAGUUGAGGAUGCCUUUGGGGUGGGCAACAACGAAAUAGACAGUAUCAAGGCAAAGAAGGAAGUGAUGCUCAGAAAUUGCUCCAUUCAUGAUGAAAAUAUAUUUACGACUCAAUUCAAUGGGAUUUGUGACUCCGAUUCAUCUGGCUCCCCAGUUACGUUCACUCGGCGAAUUGUGAGGCAGGGACACAAUGCAAUAAUGUCUUCCCCAUCUGGAGAUGAGUGCUUAGAUGGGGAACUUCCAGAGGUGUCAGAAGAUCCAAGAGUUGAAGUCUUACCAGGUAGCUUUGCUAGGUCCCCUUCUCAUGUAGCAGCAACUCAUAAUUACUUAGACCCAUCUGCCACUUGUCAAUUACAUCAUUCUGAAGGGGAAAUAUCAGAACAAAAUCUCCAUAAAUGUUUAGAAAUAAGUGAUCAACAAGAUACAUGCAAAUCAAUUGAUGUUUCAUGUGUACCGGAAUCUUCAUUUGUUCCUGAAACAGAAAUCAGUGGAGGGGGAUUAUUGUGUGGGACGGUAUCUUGUGGUAAUGUUACUGUAAUGGCAGAAGCAGAUUCUACAAGUAAUGCCAGGUCAAUUCAAAGCAUGUCCUUGAUGGGUGUUGAAAACAUAGAAGAUACUACAGCUAAAUUAGAUAAGAAUGUAGAAACCCUAUUGAGAAAUAUCUCUGAUGUAGACGCAGUGUCUGUUCAAGGAGAUGAGGAGAUAGGGGAUUCUCAAAAUGAAGAUGUGGCAACUGUAAGCAGAGGAUAUCAAGUCAUGGAUGAGUGUAGCCGAAUGGAUUUCUACAAGGGUACCACAUUCAUAAAAAGUUUUAGGUUUGCAUCUGAUCCAGUCAAGGAGGCAUGGAAAAAAUUACGUAGCUGUCGUGAAGAGCUGAAACCCUAUGUUACGUCAGAACAUAAUCAUGUAUAUCAGAUUGUAAAACUUGCAUCUGGAUUGACCAAUCUAUUUUCUGAAGCUGACAUACUGCUUCGUCACUGCCAACUGCUUAUUAGUGAUUCUUUGGCUCCACCAAUGGUGCCUUGUGUGGAACCUGAUGCAUUCUGCUGGUGCCAUGACCAACUGGAUAUGACAUCAACAAUUGCAGAACAUGGCCUUUGCUUUUUUGAGAAGGAAAAUGCUGCUGUGGAAUCUAAUUUAGGUUCUGAGCACAGAUUGGAUUUGUCCUGGGAGAUGUUAACAUGUGCAACUAACACAAUGGCUUUGGGUAAGCUGGUCAGACAGGAUAUAAGCACAAAUCAGACUUCAUGUAGCAGGCGGCUUUGGGAAAUUGGGCGACCAAGUAAAGUUUCUGCGACAAGCAAAAUAAUGUUGCAUCUCCAUAAUACAAUUCAAUCAAUGAUUCCUCCAAGAUCUUACUCGGUUCUGAAAAGUGAUGCGCUCCAUGAGUACAUGUCUUCCCUGGGUCAGAUUUCGAGGUUAGGAGCUUCUCGUUCAUCACAAAACAAUAGGACAAAAAGCCGCAGGGCCCGGGCUGCUCGGCACUACUUGAGUACUUGUGAUUUCACAUUAUCUCCUGAAGAUUUGUCAUUGUUGGCUCAAUAUGGCCACUAUGGCAAAGCAACACUGGACAUGGAGGUCAGCUAACAAUAACUCCUGUUUGGAGAAAUGAAGGAUGCUGGAAUAAACUUAGUGAACUUUGGUCAUUGACCCUGUUAUGGGUAGAUCCUAAAAUCCCAGAUGCCAAGACUGAAGAAAAGAGGUACUGGGAAUGGUACCUUCCCAUCCAUGGAUGUAAUUUUGCCUUUAACCCUCUCCAAGCAAAGCUUUUGUAUAUAUAUUGCUGUUAAGAUAUUGAAUGAACAAAUUUCUUGGGCAGUUAUUUGGUUUAGCCCUCCAUUCCAAUGUAAUCACGAGUAUCAUCAUUGUUUUUUAAUGUUCUCCAGAGGUAUUAUUUAUUGAUGUCAAGCCAAUUAAUGUUUCUUUAA